CGGUGUAGGAGGGGGAGCGGAGCAGAGCGGAGAGUGAAGCGCCUGGAUUUUUCAUCCAAAUCUGUGUGUCUGGUUUGCUAUCCUGCAGCAAUGCGAGAUGGAAGCGGACUAACGGAAGAAACCUGAAUCUGAGCGAUAGCUUCGUUGCUUUUGAUUCAUCUUUACAAAAGAAUUUGCUGCCGUUUUUUCUUCUUUUUUUCCUUCAAUCCGAGCGACUUUCAGCCGUUAACCUUACUGCAUCUGCUCUCGUCUGCGCUGCCUUGGCUCUUUUACUGAAUGACUGUUUCUCUUAUUUUUAAAUCUUACCAUGCGCUGCCAGUGUGGUCCAGCUGAUCGGCUCUGUUUGGAAUGGCCGGGGACACGCAAACAGGCUUUGGGGAACCUUUAAAGACCGAUGGAAUUUGGGAAUAUUGACCAAAUAUUAGGAAGAUGAGCACCUUAUCUCUGUGUUUCCUUCUGUGCGCCGAUCUCUUGGACUUCGCGCUGGGUUACUUAACCGUCACCAUUGAGCCCCUUCCUCCAGUUGUUGUAGGAGAUACUGUGACGCUGAAAUGCAACUUCAAGACUGACGGCAGGCUGAGAGAGAUAGUCUGGUAUCGGGUCACAGAUGGCGGCACAAUCAAGCAAAAAAUAUUUACAUAUGACGCCAUGUUCAACACCAACUACUCUCACAUGGAAGAUUAUCGGAGGCGGGAGGACCUCGUGUAUCAAUCAACAGUUCGACUUCCAGAAGUACGGAUUUCAGAUAACGGCCCCUAUGAAUGUCACGUGGGAAUCUAUGAUCGAGCGACAAGAGAAAAAGUGGUCCUGGCAUCUGGGAAUAUAUUCCUCAAUGUUAUGUCCCCGCCUCUUUCCAUAUCAGUGGUGGCAGCAGAUUCUCCGGCACCCUUCAGCCGUUACCAGCCUCAGAACUUCACCCUCAUCUGCAUUGUGUCGGGGGGAAAACCGGCACCCACAGUCUACUUCAAGCGAGAUGGCGAACUAAUUGAAGCGAUGACUUGGGGGCAGUCCCCAAUGGGAAGUGAUGGAAGCGCUGGAGGCCUGAGAGACCCCCGGCCCCUUAUUAGUCGUGAGCUGGAUGACACCAAGCUGCAGAAGUCAUUGUCUCUGCUGGACCUGGAUGAGAAGCCACCAAGACUAUUUACAGAGGAUCCUCAUCGGGGUAACACCCCCAGGGCCCCGGGCUAUGAACCCAACCCAGCCACAGAGAUCAUUCCAGAAACAGUGGUCAGCCGGGAAUUCCCACGCUGGGUCCAAAGUACCGAGCCCCUGUAUUACUUUCGCAAUGCACACAUCCCAUUGAAUGAUGGGACUGUGGAAGUAAGAGCCAUGCUCACUUGGACUCUAAACCCGCAGCUCGAUAACGAUGCCCUGUUCAGCUGUGAAGUCAAACAUCCAGCCUUGUCGAUGCCCAUGCAGGCUGAGGUCACACUCGCUGCACCCAAGGGCCCCAAGCUGGCAAUGUCCCCGCCACGAGCGAAAGUUGGGGACACCGUCCGAAUACUCGUGCAAGGAUUCCAGAAUGAGGUCUUCCCAGAGCCACUGUUCACCUGGACACGGGUUGGUGGUCACCUGCUAGAUGGCAGCACUGAGCACGACGGCAAGGAACUGGUACUGGAGCGUGUGCCAGCUGAGCUGAAUGGAUCGAUGUAUAGCUGCACGGCCCAGAAUCCUCUGGGCUCCACGGACACGCACACUCGACUCAUCGUGUUCGAAAACCCCAGCAUGAUGAAGGGAUCUCAGAUUUCAAACGAUGCAGCAUCCCAUGAGGAGACAUCCAGAGUGGUUUUGGCCCUGCUUCUCCUAACAGUGACUCUGGAACUCACGUGAGUUGGGCAAUCGCCCACCCUGCCAGUCUGCCUGGAACACCCGCACGCCCACCCGCCAGCCCACCUGCCAGCCUGGGCCGCAGCACACAUCUGAUGCCACACAUCUGACUAUUUCUGUCUUUUUGUAUAAACAAAAGAGCAAACAAAAACCAAGCAAAAAAAAAAAAAACUGGACAAAAACGCCCCCUUUGUCUGUUUAUCUUCAUGUCUCGCCUUUUGUCAGUUCUUCAAUAAAACAUACAGUCUGAUUAAUAAAAAUACAAAAACAGA